UCGAACCCGGGACCUUUCAGUCCGUAGGCCAACGCUCUAUCCACUGAGCCAAACCGGUUUCGGCGAUAUGUGGUUUAAAUCCAAUAGAACACUUUUACGCGGGUUUAAUAGUUUCGGUAUUAUUUUUAUUAAAGCAGAAGAUCAUUUCUGCUUUAAAGCUUGUGUAGCUUUCCAAUCCUUGAUGGGAGUCAUCAUAAUAUUUAGAUAAUACUUUGUGUCUUUUUUUAUGGCUAACAAAUAUUCUUUUAGUUUUAAUUUGGAUUCCUGCUUUGUUUUGCAGUGCUGAAACAUUUUUGUUGGAGAAAUGUCUUCAAAGACAGAAAAGGAUAAAGAGAGGCUGGUUCAAGCUGCCAAAACAUUCUUUCUUUACAUUCAAGAUUUUGCUUCCUUCACAAACACACUCACCGAAUUGUUUAAUAGCUGUAUGAAUUCUAAGAUCAUCACAAUGGCUGUGAAAGAAGAUAGUUACGUUAAGGAAGUCUUUGAACAAAUGGUCAGAAUUUUUAGGGAGAUGCAAUCUGUAGUGAAGGCCAAGGAUGACAACGUGCAAAAGCAUCCUUUAUUUUCCAAGAUUACAACAGUGAUGGGCACUGAGAAGAGUACGGAUGAUGCAAAGGAGUUGCAGCCGUCAUAUAGACCAAAGGUAGCACCAGGCAAUAUACCAUUCAUUGUCUCUCUGAUAAGUAGUGGUAACAUCGUUGCGAAUUUGGAAUCUGCUCUUUCACUCUUGCUGAUGCAUCCCAUCAUGAGUCUUCAAUUAAGUGACUUCAAUAGACAAGACACCAAAGGGCAAUCAGAUGCUACCACAUCUGAGCAGAGCCCAAGUGCAGGUCCAUCCACAACCACUACAGUAGACACUGUGAAAAAGUUGCAGAAUGCACUAAGAAUGGCGAAUGCUAGGAAUACCAUUGAGUCAGCCGCAGAGCAGUUGGAGCAAAUUGUUAAAAAUAUGAGACCAACCUUAGAGAUCCUCCAAAAGGCCAUACAGACGAUGGAAAUGAGUGCUUAUGGGGUUAAGAAAGUCAAUGACAAGUAG